GAGCUGGGAGGAAAGAAGAAAGGGAGGGGAGGGGAGAAUCGAGGACGGCCGGCCUAGCCAGGCCAAGAAUGCAAUCGCCCCGGUGGUGGGAGCUGGGAGACCCUUGUGCUUGGACAGGACAGGGUCGGGGGACACGCAGGAUGAGCCCCGCGACCACGGGCACCUUCUUGCUGACAGUGUACACUAUUUUGUCCAAGGUACACUCCGAUCGGAAUGUCUACCCCUCCGCAGGCGUCCUCUUUGUUCAUGUUUUGGAAAGAGAGUAUUUUAAGGGGGAAUUUCCACCUUACCCCAAACCUGGUGAGAUUAGUAAUGAUCCCAUAACAUUUAACACAAAUUUAAUGGGUUACCCAGACCGUCCUGGAUGGCUUCGAUAUAUCCAAAGGACACCAUAUAGUGAUGGAGUCCUUUAUGGAUCUCCAACAGCCGAAAAUGUGGGGAAACCAACAGUCAUUGAGAUAACUGCCUAUAAUAGGCGUACCUUUGAGACUGCAAGGCACAAUUUGAUCAUUAAUAUAAUGUCAGCAGAAGACUUCCCGUUACCCUAUCAAGCAGAAUUCUUCAUUAAAAAUAUGAACGUAGAAGAAAUGCUGGCCAGCGAGGUUCUUGGAGACUUCCUGGGGGCCGUGAAAAAUGUGUGGCAGCCCGAGCGCCUGAACGCCAUAAACAUCACGUCGGCCCUUGACCGGGGCGGCCGGGUCCCCCUGCCCAUCAAUGACAUGAAGGAGGGCGUUUAUGUCAUGGUUGGUGCCGACGUCCCAUUUUCUUCUUGUUUACGAGAAGUUGAAAAUCCACAGAAUCAAUUGAGAUGCAGUCAAGAAAUGGAGCCUGUAAUAACAUGUGACAAAAAAUUCCGUACUCAAUUUUACAUUGACUGGUGCAAAAUCUCAUUGGUUGAUAAAACAAAGCAAGUGUCCACCUAUCAGGAAGUGAUUCGUGGAGAAGGGAUUUUGCCUGAUGGUGGAGAGUACAAACCCCCUUCUGAUUCUUUGAAAAGCAGAGACUAUUACACGGAUUUCCUAAUUACACUGGCUGUGCCCUCGGCAGUAGCAUUGGUCCUUUUUCUAAUACUUGCUUAUAUCAUGUGCUGCCGACGGGAAGGAGUGGAAAAGAGAAACAUGCAAACACCAGACAUCCAACUGGCCCAUCAUAGUGCUAUUCAGAAAUCUACCAAAGAACUCCGUGACAUGUCUAAGAACAGAGAGAUAGCGUGGCCCCUGUCCACGCUUCCUGUGUUUCACCCUGUGACUGGGGAAAUCGUACCCCCUCUACACACAGACAAUUAUGAGAGCACCGAUAUGCCGCUGAUGCAGACGCAGCAGAACUUGCCACAUCAGACUCAAAUUCCCCAACAGCAGACCACAGGUAAAUGGUAUUCCUGAAGAAAGAAAACUAACCGAAGCAAUGAAUUUGUAAUCAGACAAUAUAGCAUUUUUGCUUUGCGUGCAUGAGUGCUCAGUCACUCAGUUGUGUCCAACUCUUUGGGACCCCAUGGACUGUAGUCCACCAGGCUCCUCUGUCCAUAGGAUUUUCCAGGCAAGAAUACUAGAGUGGGUUGCCAUGCCCUCCUCCAGGGAAUCUUCCCGACCCAGGAAUUGAACCCACAUCUCCUGCAUUGCAAGUAGAUUCUUUACUACGUAAGCCACCUGGGAAGUCUUAAUAUAGCACUUUUAUUUUUUUUCUCUCUUCCAAUAAUGCAUGAGCUUUUCUGACAUAUGGUAUGCAUGUUGACAGUAUUAAGUAUAUACCAAAUAAUAUACAGUAUAACGUUCAUUUUACUAAUUUUUUUUGUACUUAAGGCAUUUUUGACAAUUUGUAAAACAUUGAUGACUUUAUAUUUGUUACAAUAAAAAGUGACCUUUAAAAUAAAUAUUAUUAAUGAA